AUGUCAUUGGUUUUGCAGUCUCGUCGUCUACCCCUGCUGGACUCUCUGAGUGGCUGGAACAAAUUCUGACCAAGAGUGACCGUCCAGAGCUCACCAGUGCUAAAGUGGUCGUGUCAGGAGGGAGGGGCUUGAAGAACAGCGAGAACUUCAAACUGCUCUAUGACCUCGCUGACCAACUCAACGCAGCUGUUGGCGCCUCCAGAGCUGCCGUUGAUGCUGGCUAUGUCCCCAAUGACAUGCAGGUUGGACAAACUGGAAAGAUUGUAGCUCCAGUAAGUACUACUACUGGAAGAUGGACGUCUCAUUUCUUAUGUACUGCAGUCAGUCCAUAGUUCGCACUAAUCGCCUUAACAGAAUGGUUAAUUCUCUCAAAGUUCAACACUAGUUGAUAAACCCACCCGCUUUUCAGACUUAUUUAUUAAACAGGUCUGACUUUGAAGACAACAACAUCUAGUUUUUUUUUUCUGUUUGAAUCCAGGAAGAUGGAUCUGUGUUGCCCUUUAAAAAGGUUAAUUUUCCAUUAUCUGGUUCAAGUGGGACCUCCCAACUGUCAUUAUCCACACAUUAGCGGCUUUGAGGCGUUGUAAUGUAGUUAAUGGCAUAUUCUGACUUCUAAAUGAUUUACCAGAGCCAUUAGUAGAGCCAUGCACAGUGCAGGUCUGCCCUGAGCUCAAACCAGGCAAUACAGCCCCAAACUCAAUUCGCCAAAUGUUUUGACAAGCUUGUCAAAUGCAGCUCGACCAUUGUGCAUUAGUAUUCACCCAGAACAAGUCCCGAAUGGAUUCUACCAGUGAGAUAAACUCGAGUCAAGAUGGAUCAGUGUUGUUUUGAGUCGAUUGAGAAUGCAUAUGCUGGUUAAUCAUAAUGUUUUGACCCUCAGAGUGAUAUUGUAUUCCUUUUUGGACCUGCCUAUCUUUGAAUGAAUGAAUGAAUGAAUUAAAUGCAAGCUUUAGAGAAUUUUGUAUGUUUUGUUAUCACAUGUGUCUCUGCUAAGAGAACAGGGCACCAAAACAUUGAGUGCGUUUGCACUGACUACUUUUAAUAACCCGACAAUGGGUAAGAUUAUGUAAACGCCUUAAGUUUUCUUUUAUCUGGGUAAGGUAAAAAAGGGUUUAAGGGUAAUAAAUAUUGGCAUAAGUAGAUUUUUGCCUGUUUUUGCAUCAGAUUUAAACGCCUUUACCAUUGUUCUGGUGGCUUAUCCAAUGUGCACGUGUCUUGUGCAAAUGUUUUGACAUCAUGAUUUCUUUUGAAAAGUUGUUUUUUGAUAGUUUUCAGCAUAUAGCUGUGUAUAUAAAUGCAAUUACUAAUACUAGAACUGGUAUGACAUCAAGUUUGUUUCACUAUAGUCCUAUUAUAGUUCCAUUUAAAAUUUUCAAGACAACAUAAAACUGCA